CAACGUGCUGUGGAUGAACUUCAGCCCCUCCUCGGCGAUUUAAUGGAGAGUAUCACGAGACUCCCAGAAACCCCUAACGAUUUUGAACCCAAUCGCAAGGUAGAAAAGUGGUUGAAAAAAUUGAACGCUAUGCGUGCUGUGGAUGAAAUUGACGAAGAAGAUUCCAGACAACUUUAUCUUGAUCUGGAUUCUGCAUACGCCCAAUUCACACGCUAUCUCAAACGAUAA